AUGAACAACCUAAGGAACAGUCUGACGCGGAAUCUGCGAUCCAUCCGCCAAACAAGGAAUGCAUCCACAUCCAACCCGAAUCCCAAUGCAGCGCCGUCCAUGCUUCGCAAAUACCGCGGCGUCAUACUGUGGACAUCAGUCGGCCUGGCGGUAGGCGGCACAACCGGCACAAUGGUCUCGCACACGAUCGCCCCUCCACCGCAUCCGCUACCAGGAACACACGAAGAUGGCAUCCUCAUGCAAGACCUCAACACCCGUAUCGACUCCGAAUUCAAAGUCAAGGUGCUGCGAGGAAAGUGCACAGCCGUGGCGGCGAGCUUGCGCGGCGACGAAGGCGUUUGGCGCGAACUGGAUCCCAAGACCUUGGACGGCUCGCUCGUAAAAGAUUCGUUGGCCGGAGCUCGUUCGCUGGGUGUUCAACGUGUCUUCUGGAAUGAGAAGGAGCAUGAGUUGGUUGCUGUGGUCUGGUUUGGGGGUGCCAUGUCUGGAUGGCCCGGCGUGACACACGGUGGAGGUAUUGCGACUGUCCUCGCAGAUAAGAUGACAUUGGCUGCUCGUCUCACAAAAGGCAUUGCUCCUGCUCAGGACUCUUCUCACGGUCCCUCGGAGCCGACGCGUCUUGACUUGACAUACAAAAAGCCUACGUAUGCUAAUGCCUUUUACGUCGUGCGUGCAGUGCCCAGGUACGGUGCCUUCGAGACACUAUCGCCCAACGACAUGGAGGUUGAUGCCCAGCUCGAGACUUUGGACGGCACCGUAUGUGUGCAGGUCAAGGGUGUUGUCCCUGUCUCCGAGGGGAAAAGUGCCAUCAAAUCUUCCAUCCAGAGCCUGACUCCAGCAAAGUCGUGGCUAGGCUGGACCUCUCGCUCAGACACAUGA